CUCUCUGUGUCAACAUUAAGAGAUGAACAACAACCAGCCGCGUUUAGCUGCUAAAAAACCCAACAGACGUGUGUUUUUCUUUUCUGUCUGAGUGAACACAACACGGAGCGGCGUGUGGAGCCAGCUGCCUCAGAGACUGACAUCCCGAUGGAGACAUAAACCACACUGAUGGACACCCAGAGGAAGAGCUCUGGGGAUGACGGCGGUGGAGAGCGCGGCCUGCUCCACACCUGGAAGGGCUACUCCUGCAGCGUCACCCCAGAAAGGCUGCUCCUCCCCGGGCCCGUGCUUCAGGUCGCUCUGGGCACACGGCAUGGCGUUCUGCUGGUGGAAGGAGGGCAGGUGUACAGUUUUGGGGAGUUGCCAUGGAAGCAGAGUCAAGUGGCCGAGCCAGCGAAACCAACCCUGGAGUCCGCGCUCAGCGGCCAGCGGGUGGUCGCAGUCGCAGCUGGAAGCUUCCACAGCGGGGCAGUGACAGAGGACGGUGGCGUCCACAUGUGGGGGGACAACGGCUCGGGACAGUGCGGCUUGUCGGGUCUGAGCACCGUCCCAAACCCGACUCCAGUCGCUCUGGUGGACUCCGACACCAGCCCCCCGCAGACGGUCCCGGUGCUGGAGCUGGCGUGCGGGGAGCAGCACACCCUGGCGCUGUCGGCGCAGCGGGAGGUGUGGGCGUGGGGCAGCGGUUGCCAGCUGGGCCUCAACGUCACCGCCUUCCCCGUGUGGAAACCACAGAAGGUUGAGCAUUUGGCGGGGAGGUUUGUGUUACAGGUGGCCUGCGGGGCGUCACACAGCCUGGCUCUGGUGCGUUGCCUGGGACCUCAGGACGUCCACCGUCCCCCUGUGGACAAAUGCAGACAGUGUAACCAGCUGCUGUACACCAUGACGGACAAAGAGGACCACGUCAUUAUCUCUGACGGUCACUACUGCCCCCUCGGAGUGGAGCUGACGGAGGAUGACAGCCGACUGGAUGCACCUGCUCUCGCACAAGUCCUCAAAACGUCCCCGUCCGAGCCGGUCCUCCCCUCCCAAACCUCCGCCUCACCUGUCCAGGGGGCUGAACCCCCCUCCAACCCUUCGCCAGACUUGGAAAAAGAGGAGUCAUCUUUGGCGAACGGAGCACCGCCGGCCUCGAACUCUGACUCCUCGGCUCAGUGCAGAGGCGGCGGCGUUACGGUGAAGAGUUCACCGUAUCCAGAUGAGCAGGCCGUCAAAGACUACCUGAAGAAACUGUCAGACAACACGCAGGCUGAGCAGACGGCGAAGGCCGGAGCGCCGCACGGUCUGCUGCCGUCAGCAGGAGGGCCCGGCUCCACGCUCAACAGCCUGGUGGCCUCCUGCGCCUCUGCAGUGGGCGAGCGGGUCGCCUCCACCUACGAGGCCUUGUCCCUCAAAAAGAUGAUGAACUUCUACCUUCCCUCUGGAGUGGUGAGGCCGGGCAUGCCGGUGGGGCUCACAGGCGUCGUGGGCGACAACAUGGCAGAGCGCGUCCGCCAGGAGGACUCUGUGCAGGCCAAGAAGAGCUCCAGCACAGGGGACAUCCGCGAGGAGGAGGCCGAGGGUCUGCGGCGGCGCCUUUCGCUCCCGGGACUCCUCUCUCAGGGUAGAUACGCUGUUCACCUCUUAUCCUCCUCCUAUACUCUGCUGCUGUCCCCGCGGCUGCUGAGAAAAGCCGGCCGUCCGAGGGUGCGUGCAGUUGCCCUCACCCCACUAGGAGGGGCGGUCCCCGAGGCCCAGGAGGUGUUUCCCAGCCUGCAGACGGAGGUGUGGAGUUGGGGCCACGGUGAGCAGGGACAGCUGGGACAUGGAGACAGUCUGGUCAGAUUACAGCCGCUGUGCAUCAAGAGUCUGAACAAUAAGGAGGUCGUGCGGGUGGCGGCCGGCGCUCAUCACUCCCUCGCUCUGACCGCUCAGUCUCAGGUGUUUUCAUGGGGAAGUAACAGCUCUGGUCAGCUUGGACACAUGGAGUCCCCCAGCACCGUCCCCCGUCUUGCAAAGCUGUCAGAGGGGAUUCGUGUCUGGGACGUGAGCGCGGGAGAGAAACACACCCUCCUGCUCGCUGACGGAGACUGCUUCAGGCCCAUCAUAUAUUACAGCGGACAGCAGGUGAAAGACGAGGCGGAGGAGAGCAGCGCUAAGGAGACGAGUAAACAGGAAAGAGAGGAGGAGGAGGAGGUGCGGACAGGAGGCUACACCCAGCAGCCUGUACUGCUUCCCUUCUGCAUGGACCUUGGUUAUGUGAGUAACGUGACUGCGGGUGGCCAAAGAUGCGCGGCGCUGUGGGACAGAAACGUGAUGGGCUUCAUCGCCAGCCUCCACGAGCUCGCCUCAGCCGAGAGGAAAUUCUACUGCAAACUUUGCAACAUCAAGACGCAGAUAAUCCGCCCCCUGCUGGAGCUGGAGUCACUAAGCUCGGCCCUCGGCCAGGUGACCCUCGGCCUCCUGCAGACUCUGGCGGGUCGAUUCAGCCUCUUGUGUCACCUGACCGGGCAGCACGCCGCCAGCCUCACUGCAAACCUGCGCCGCGUCCGUGACGUCAAGAGCCUGCUCGUCCUCGACCACGCCGGCAUCUUCCUCGACUCCUACAAUGAGUACUGUAGUGCUGUGGGCAACUUCCAUGUGAUGGGAGGUUUCCAGACUCUGACCAAACCCUCACUAGAUUUCUUUGGGAAGAGUCCCGAGCUGCUAAAGAGGCUGUCGGAGUGCAGCGAGGAAACCCCCACCAUGGCCGACCUCCUGGUGGCGCUCUUCUACCUCCCGACUCGCCACCUGCACGAAUACGGGCGUCUGCUGCUCAAACUGGCCACCUGCUUUGAAGUGUGCUCGAAUGACUACCAGAGGCUGCAGGACAGCUGCUCCAGGUUCGAAGCUUUGGCCCUCCAGCUGAAGAGAAAGAGGAAGGACGCCGACUACACCUUUCAUUUUUGGAAGAGCUUCCCUGGCAAAAUGACGGACUCGCUGCGAAAGCCUCACCGCCGGCUGAUCUGCGAGAGCAGCAACAAAGCUCUGACUCUGCAGAACGCCGGGAGGUUCUCCGUCAACUGGUUCAUCGUUUUCAACGACGCUCUGGUCCACGCACAGUUCUCCACCCAUCACGUCUUCCCCUUAGCAACGCUUUGGGUGGAGCCGAUCCCUGAGGAGAACACUGGCGUAUAUGGGUUAAAGGUCAUCACCCCAGAGGAGACGUUCACCCUUCUCGCCUCCUCUCCCAUGGAGAAAACCAAGUGGCUUCGCUCCAUCAACCAGGCAGUGGAUCAGGCUCUGAGCGGAGCGGGACAGGACACCGCAUCGGUCGGCUCGGGGUCGGGGCAAAAGUUGGAGCCUCCCAUCUCCAGGACGGCCUCGUACACUUUUUAUAAGGACGGACGGCUGAAAGAGGCAACGUACGACGGACGCUGGCUGGCCGGGAAGCCUAACGGCAGGGGAGUUUUAAAAUGGCCUGACGGGAGAAUAUACACAGGGACGUUCAAGAACGGUUUGGAAGAUGGCUAUGGUGAAUUUGUGGCUCCCAAUAAGACGCUAAACAAGAACGACCACUAUCAGGGUUACUGGAAGGAUGGCAAGAUGCACGGCCUCGGGACGUACAGGUAUGCCAGCGGUGAGGUUUACGACGGAUCUUUCCAGGACAGCAUGCGACACGGCCACGGCAUGCUGCGCAGUGGCAAGCUCAACACCUCCUCCCCCAGUGUCUUCAUUGGACAAUGGCUGCAGGACAAGAAGACCGGCUAUGGAGUCUUCGAUGAUAUCACAAAAGGGGAGAAGUACAUGGGCAUGUGGCAGGACCACCAGCGGCAGGGCACCGGGGUUGUCGUCACUCAGUUCGGCCUUUAUUAUGAAGGAGCCUUCAAAGAUAAUAAGAUGAUGGGCACUGGGAUCCUCCUGUCAGAGGACGACACCACGUACGAGGGGGAAUUCUCUGACGACUGGACCCUAAAUGGAAAGGGCGUGCUGACCAUGGCAAACGGUGAUUACCUUGAGGGCUCCUUCAAUGGCGAGUGGGGCUCUGGCCUCAAAGUGGCGGGAUCCUACUUCAAACCGCACCUGUUUGACUCAGACAAGGACAAAACUCGUGCAGUGAAGCUGGGGCGUCUGUGUGUGAGUCCGGAGGAUAAGUGGCAGGCGGUGUUUGAGGAGUGCUGGAGUCAGCUGGGCUGCGAGGCCCCGGGCCAAGGAGAGAACUGGAAGGCGUGGGAGAACAUCGCCGUGGCCCUCACCACCAGCCGACGACACAUCCAGGACAGUCCAGAGAUGUUGUCCCGAAGUCACAGCAGAACCCUGGAGAGUCUGGAGGUCAUCCCGCAGCACGUGGGGCCGAUCAACAUGGAGAGAUAUCACACCAUCCGCCUCUACCUCAUCAAGGCGUGUGACACCCCGCUCCACCCGCUGGGCCGGCUGGUGGAAGCUUUGGUGGCGGUUUACAGGAUGACUUACGUCGGCGUUGGAGCGAAUCGUCGGCUGCUGCCUCAGGCCGUCAACGAGAUCAAGUCUUACUUGAACCGCAUCUACCAGAUCGUCAGGUUUCUUUUCUCGGACCUGCCAGAAGAGGGCGGUCUAAUUCCAGAGCCGACCACCGACCUCCAGGACAGGAAGGAACCUGGAUCGACCGAUGCCCCGCUAGAGUCACCAAAACCUGGCCGUGUGGUGAGCAGCUCUGCUCUGCUGCUCCCCGUCCUGCUGCCUCGCCUCUACCCGCCGCUCUUCACCCUCUACGCUCUGGACAAGGAGAGAGAGGACGACGUCUACUGGGAGUGCGUCCUCCGCCUCAACAAGCAGCCCGACCUGGCCCUGCUCGCCUUCCUGGGUGUUCAGCAAAAGUUUUGGCCUGUUUCCAUUUCCUCCUCCAUGCCUGCGCCAGGGGAGAAGCAGCAGGUCUUGUCCAGCACCAAAGACGCCUGCUUUGCCUCUGCAGUGGAAACAUUACAACAGAUCAGCACAACGUUCACCCCGUCAGACAAGCUGCAGGUGAUCCAGCUCACCUUUGAGGAGAUCACGCAGGAGGUUCAGGCGCUGCUGAAGCAGGACUUCCUGUGGUCCAUGGACGACCUCUUCCCCGUCUUCCUCUACGUGGUGCUGCGUGCACGGAUCAGGAACUUGGGCUCAGAAGUCAGUCUGAUUGAGGACCUGAUGGACCCCUGCGUGCAGCACGGAGAGCAUGGCAUCAUGUUCACCACACUUAAGGCUUGUUACUACCAGAUCCAGCACGAGAAGAUCACUUAGGACGAGCGUGGCGUUACUUCCUAUCCUCACAGCCAAUCACUGGUCCAGGAUCAGCGAGGCUUUGGGAUGACGGAUGUGAGCAGCGGCCAAUGGGAGGCGGAGGAUCAUAUGCACAGGUUUCCUACAGCUCCAUCUGCUGCUGCCAUGGAGACGGGAUAACCUCCCCCCUCUGUGACACACGCAAACACACUCUUUCCCCUUUUUAGUGACCCUGACAGCUUCUUAUCCACUGACGAUGAAG